GCAAACAAAUAAACCAAAUUAAACCCAUUUGAAUAAUUCUUCUAUAUUAAACAAAAACAAAUUAAAUUACCUAAAAAUAAUCAAAUUAAAUGGCAGGUGGAAAAAGGAGUUUGAUGAAGCUUAAAAAGUUUAUAGUGAAGCUAAAAUGGUGCAUAAAAAUGUUGCAACCAGUACAAACAAUUCCAGGGAAUGAAGAAAUGCUUAUGUUUCUAGCAAGACCUAAAGAGCCCACAUUAGUGCCUAAAGGUCAUUUUGCAAUUUUAGCAGGAAAAUGCAGUGAGGAUGAAGAACAAAAAGACCUAAAAAGGUUUGUAGUAGACAUCAAGUAUUUGAGAAGUCCACAAGUUUUGAAACUUUUACAAGAAGCAGAAGAAGAGUAUGGGCUCCAUCAACAAGGUGCAUUGGUUGUGCCUUGUACUUCUCAAGAGUUGCACAAGAUUUUAGACAACUUGUAACACAAUUCGACUCGUUUCUUUGAAUUUGUUACAUUGCGGACUAAUUAAUUCAAAGAAAUAGAGGAAUUACUUUGUUCAAUAUAUUUGAUGCAGUCUACACUUAGCUAGCUAGUUCUAGGCUGUCCAUAUGAUUUAAUUAUAUCUUUUUUUUUACUUUUAUUUUUUAAAGUGAAAAUUGAUAAACUUGUAGUUCUUUGUAGGUGAGUUGUGAUCCCCUCAUUAGCAAGAUGCAUUGUGUUUUUGAGUUGCUUAUUGCUAUGUUGGGAUACAUAAAAAUA